AUGCGGAACUAUUUCUUCCGAGCAUGGCCGAAAUGCUGUCACGGUCAACAGCGAGGGGUGCAGGAGGUGGAUCAGGUGAAGAUGGAAAGUGUUUGUUCCCAUGGUCACUAUGAUCGCAGCGGGAGUGGCAGUGACCAAAGAGUCUAUAGAAGAGAAGAUGUAGAGGAGAAAGAUGAGAGUAUAGAAGAGAAGAUUCGACGCAACACCAAGACAGCAUACAUCCGCGAGCUCCAUCUCCGUCUCCAUCUCAUCACUCCUGAAUGCGCUGCGUGGACAAGUUCACCAAGGGACUGUGUGAAGGCAACUGAAGUGGAUUCAUGGGCGAUCGCAGCGAUCGGGAUGAACGCUCAGCUGAACCAAGUCGAGCAUGUACAAGCAGAACAUGCAGAUGUGGUGGGGAGGAGCAGGAGGGAACUUGACAUGCCGGACUUGAUCUUUGCAGGCGAUGUCAUGUACGAGCAGGAGCUCGCGCGGCACGUAGGAGGAUGGCUGAUGAGUCUGAAGGAAGAAGGAUGUCGAGUGUUGGUCGGCGAUCCCGGGAGAUUCUUCCUAGACAGGUCAAGGCUGCACCCCACUGCUGCCUUCCAGCUGCCCGAGCUUGUGCGGGAAGGAAGCAACGGUUUCGAGGAGGCGAACGUAUGGGAGUUCAGAGAGAACUGUUGA